AUGCCCAAAAAAUCAAUCUUUAGACAACCGGGAGCACAGCACUUCCAGCUUGUGCACCGAUCUCAGCGAGAUCCCCUUAUUCAUGAUCCUGACGCAAGCCAGCAUGUCCUGAAGGCAUUUGUACGAAGGAAUGACAAGAAAGGAAAAAGUCGGGCCGAUCUCGAGUCACUCCUUUCUCCUGAUGAUGUUGCCCAUGACGCUCACGCUCAUGUCGGCGAAGCGUCAUUAUAUGGUGUCUAUUUCGACGACACUGAGUAUGACUACAUGCAGCAUCUGCGUACGGCUGGUGCAGAGGAAGAGGGUGUAGAAAGUAUACUUAUCGAGGCACCUGCUACAUCUCAAAAAUCGAAAGGCAAAGGCAAAUCAAAAGAUCCGAUCUCCUUGCGCGAUCUGCCACCAGAGGCACUACCAUCCGCAUCUGAGAUUCCCAGGAACUAUGAGUCACAGGAAGCUGUUCCCUCAUCGAUCGCAGGUUUUCAGCCGGACAUGGACCCGCAUCUCCGACAGGUUCUCGAAGCAUUGGAAGAUGAUGCGUUUGUAGAUGAUGGCUUAGAGGAUGACUUUUUUGGCGAGCUGAUAGCAGAGGGACAGCGAGACGAGGAUGAAGAAUUUGGUUUCCAGUUCUGUGAGGACGGUGAUACCCCGCAGGAUGGCCCUUCCACAGAGGACCACGAAGACCCUGAUAGCUGGGAAGUGCGCUUCGCCCAGUUCAAGAAAGAACAAAAGGAUGCACCUCCACCCAGCAACUCCGACGACGAACUGCACUCGGAUGGAGGGGACACCAUCGGAACUUUACCAAAGCUACCUGUCAUUGGUGGAAAGCGCAGGCGCAAAGGCACUUCCGAUGCAUCUGGAUACAGCAUGAGCAGUUCAUCAAUGUACCGCACAGAAACGCUAAUGACAUUAGAUGAGCGCUUCGAUCAGGUAAUUAAAGAGUAUGGCUCUGGUGAGGGAGAAGAGGUCGAGGAAGAGAAUGAUGACCUUUCAUCUGAUUUAUCAGACGAAGCUCCAGAGCUCGUUACCUCGCGAGAAGAUUUCGAGGCCAUAAUGGACGACUUCAUGGACAACUAUGAGAUGCUUGGCAGAAAACUAAAGCCAGUGCUUCCGGGGGACUCAGGCCCAGAGAAACUUAACACCCUGCGUCAAGCAAUGGGCCAGGAUGAGCGGGUACGGAUAAGAUCAGCAGAUGAUGAUGAUGACGAGGAGCUAGAUGAUGACCGACUUUUCGUCGGAUAUAGUGCUGCAGAGAAAGGGGAUACAUGGGACUGUGAAACGGUAUUGACAACGUAUUCCAACCUGGAGAACCAUCCCCGCGUGAUCCGUGCGCGAGCAUCGAAGCCGGUUCCGAAAAUCACACUUGAUUCCAAGACCGGUCUUCCCACUUUAAACGGCGAUUCUCAAGCCCCGGAGUCGCGAAAAGCUCGUCAUCGCUUACAAUCCGUUGCAGAAUAUGAAGAAGAUUCCCGAGAACCUUCAGCGGCCAAACAAACUAUAUCCCGCCCGCGCGACGAAUCCAAGGAAGACAAGAAAGCUCGCAAACAGGUUGUCAAGGCCCAACGUCAAGUACGUCGUGUAGAGAAAAAAGCGACACAGGAUCAGUUCUCCACGGAAAUGAAGCAUCAAGCACAGGGCCUUGCAAACAAGGCUCAAAGCAGUAGAACAAGAAAAUUGUAG